GAUCAAGUAAGGCGAGUGGAGGAUCUGGGUGGUAGCGCUUUGCUUUGGUGGGCUGAAAACAAACAGUAUGCCAGCCCCACGCAAUACCAAGGCGGCAGUCAGCAAGCAACCCUGCCCAGGCAGAGCGCCAGCUGUGGAGAAUGCCCAAGCCAAGAAGGAGGAAAGCUCUCAGGCGAAGCGAUCUCCUUCCUCACCGCAGGGCGCACCCAAGAAACGUUCUGCCUUUGGGGAUAUCACCAAUGCUCACAAGACUCAACACAUAUUGGGAAAGAAGGAGACAGCAAAGGCAGCUUCGAAAAAGGCCCCAAAGGGUUCGGUUGUGCUGGGUGUUGCAAAGAACAAUGAGAUCAACCUUAAAAAGUCAGUGAGCAAAAUUCCCUCUGAGGAUGCACCAACUGAGAAGGUUCCAGCAGAGAAGGCAGAUCCUCCACAGACACCUGCAGAUGAAGUGGCUUUGGUGAAACCAAUUGAGGACAUAGACAAGGUCCAGCAGGAUGAUCCUUAUGCCAGCGCUGAAUAUGCCAAGGAUAUCUUCGACUAUAUGCGGGAGCGGGAGGAGAAAUUCUCGAUCCCAGAUUACAUGGAGAGUCAGCCUGACAUCACCAGGGACAUGCGGGCCAUUCUGGUAGACUGGAUGGUGGAGGUGCAGGAGAACUUUGACCUUACCCACGAGACACUUUACCUGGCAGUCAAACUAAUGGACCACUACCUGGUGAAGGUGACCAGCAUGCGGGACAAGCUGCAGCUCAUUGGCUCCACGGCCAUUCUCAUUGCCUCCAAGUUUGAGGAGCGCUGUCCCCCCUGUGUGGAUGACUUCCUGUACAUCUGUGAUGAUGCUUACAACAGGGAAGAGCUCAUCUCCAUGGAAAUGAGCAUAUUGCAAACGCUCCACUUUGACAUAAAUAUUCCUGUUGCGUACCGCUUCCUCCGCCGGUUUGCCAAGUGCACCCAUGCUACCAUGGAGACCCUGACACUGGCCCGGUUCAUCUGUGAAUUGACUCUGCAGGAAUAUGACUUUGUCCAGGAGAGGGCCUCUCGGUUGGCUGCUAGCUGCCUUCUCUUGGCGCUGAAGAUGAAGAACCUUGAUGGCUGGAAUCCCACACUGGAGUAUUACAGUGGCUACUGUGUCCAAGAUCUUCAGUCAUCCGUUAAGAAGCUGAACUUCCUGUUGACCUAUCAGCAUGAUGAGCGGCUCAAGGCUGUGCGCAGCAAGUAUUCUCAUAGGGUCUUCUUUGCAGUGGCCAAGAUGCCCCCUAUGGAUAUGCUGAAGCUGGAGGACUCUUUGCAAAGGGCCAGCCGGAGGUCUUUGUCAUAAAGCCAGAGCAAUGCAGCUGCUGUGUAAAUACUGUGUAAAUAGAGAAUGACUCUUAGCCCUGAACUCUGUAUAUAACUUUUUUUUUUAAUUGUAG